AUGGGCAGCAUAACCACCGAGCACAAGAGCAGCUUCCCAAAGAAGCCCGUCCCAUCAGGUGCAUGGGACACCCAUCACCAUAUCUUCGAGCCGGACCGCUUCCCCUUCGCAGAAGGUCGACACUUCACACCAGCACGCGCCUCGCUAGAGGAUUUGCAGAAGUUCGAAAAGUCAAUCGGAGUCGAUCAUGUCUGUAUUGCCCACGGCCUCUCCUACGGACCUGACUGCAAGUCCCUUCUCUACUACCUGAAACAAUUUCAGGGCCAGGCACGGGGAAUUUGCGUGUUAGACUUGGACACUGUUUCAAAUGAGCUUCUAGACGAAUAUCACGCGGCGGGUGUGCGCUCAGUUCGGCUCGACUUUUUCCGCCACAAGGCCAUGGACAACGUCCAGAUUCAAGCGGAGUUGAUGGAAGCUACGGCCCAACGGCUGGCAAAAUGGGGAAAGCCAGGAUGGAGCAUUCAGAUUCAGCAACCCCAUCUUGAGUUCUGGCCUCGUCUACGAGACGUGGUGGACAGGUCUCCGGUGCCGGUUGUGGUGGAUCAUUGUGCCUUGAUUGCUGGUAGUAGCUACCGAGUCAAUGACUAUGUCACCAAUAUACAGGAUGGUUCCUAUCUAGCAGAAGGUGAACGUAUUGAUCUUGCAGCGCUUUGUGAGACACUCCGAAACGGUAAUCUAUGGAUGAAGAUCUCCGCUCCUUACCGAUGUUCAAAUCUGGCGCCAGGCUAUGAUGACCUCCGGUGGUUGGUGAGGCGUUUUGUGGAUGCUAACCCGAGGCGAGUGGUUUGGGGAAGCGAUUGGCCCCACACACAGCGACAUAAGGAUCGGGUCGGUAAAAGCUCGAGUAGUGAGGAGGCUUUUCUUCAGAUUGACGAUAAGGCCUGGAUUGAGUCUUUGAGCAAGUGGAUGUCGGAGGAUGAAUGGCAGCUUUUGUGGGUGGAAAACCCGGCUACGCUAUAUGAUUAUCAUGAAUAG